AUGGAACGGUACCAGAACGCUUGGGAAGCUGCGCAGCCUGCUGACAAGGUAAAUUAUCGUCCGGCUACUUUUGUGGGUAUUGGCCGGCUGGCAGAUUUCAAUAGUGUGUACGGCGCGAACUAUGACCCCGAACUCGUCCAACUUCCAGUGGCUCGGACAAACGGCACAUGCACUAUCACUAUCAUGCAACUCGAAAGACGACAUAUGCCUAUUUUUGCAACAGAAGAUUGGGACACUCUGCUCGUAAACAUGCAGGAUGUUAUGUUCAACUGUGUUGAAGACCAAGGUAUCGGAGGAUGGGUAGAAACCGGCGACCUUGGAACUGGUGAAGACGCCUCACUGGGGGUCUUCGUCUAUGGUCCCAACUCCCGAUUCCAGCAACUCCUCGACAUCAAAUUCGCAUGUACGACCGACGCCGAGGGAAAUGCCGAAUGUCAAGAUACUGACGACGACGACGGGGCCGACGACCAACGGCCAUCCAAGACACAAAAGACGGGCGAAUGGGCCCCCGAAGGCCAAGGAGACGCCGGACAAGGCGGAUCGAGUGACCCCCAACCUCCCGCCGCGCAACAAUGCGAAGUGCCCUGCUCCCACCCAUCCGACUGCGACACAACCAACAACUACCUCUGCACUUCGAGCUCCCCCCUCCCCGACGACCCGCCCAUCGACCCAUCCUUCCGAGCCUUCUGCUGCCAAUUAGUGACGGAGCUUAGCGACUCCGUUGCCGCCAGCCAAGCGCUUGGACCCAACACCUGUCGCGAUCGCUGUCUCCUCGCCAACACCACGGCUAACGCGACCACUUGGACGAACGGCACCACUUGGACGAACACCACGUUGGAAAUCCUUGCCGUACCUGAUCGGUCAUACCCGGGUUUAGCGCUUGAGUGUCCGUGUAAUUGCACGUAUGUGUCGCCCGCGUGCUGUCUUUCGACAGACGGUGUUGUGUUUGAGGAUCCGAGCGAGAAGAGUCCACUGGGUGUACAGGCGCCGAAUAGAACCGUGUGCUGUGAUGAGAUGACGGGGGGUUGGAGGGAGGCGGCUGGGGUAAGGAGUGGUUAUGCUGUGGAUCCGGCGUGCCCGAGUACCCCUAGUGGGGUGACGGGGCUGGAAUUGAUCAACGCGUAG